UCAGGCAGUAUAACUCGACGCGCGAAUGUAGACGCGCGUCCUUUGCUUGGAAGACUACUAGAUUAGAUUGUUUAUAAGUUUUUUUUUUCUUUAUUUUAUAUUGUUUCGGUUAAGUUAUUAUUGUGAACUUAUUGUGAAUUCAAGAAAUAAUGUCUUCGGAUCCUGCUCCGUUGUCAAAAACUGCUAAAUAUAAGAAGAUCACAAAGCCAUUACUUGAGAGGAAACGGCGCGCACGCAUCAAUCGUUGUUUAGAUGAACUUAAGGAUCUCAUGGUCGGCGCUUUGGAGAUCGAUGACGACAACUUGAGCAAGUUGGAGAAGGCUGAUAUCCUUGAAUUAACCGUUAACCACCUUACUAAAUUACACAGUCCUAAAGAUCCCGUUGUAGAAGCGAAGAAGUUUCAAGCCGGUUUCGGACAAUGCGCAGCAGAAGCGUGCCGUUUUAUUAUGUCGGUACCUGAUUUGGACUCGAAAGUUAGCCAAAAUUUGAUUAGCCACUUAUCACGACUCAUAACUGCACAACCUCUGACUAUUCAGGUUCCAGACAGGCCGCCUUUUUCGCCGCCGAUAUCACCGUCUUCGGUAAUUUCGGACAGACAACAUUAUUAUAGCGAUCAUGAUAGAUCCUCAUCAGACGCAGAAGAUUCAGUUUAUUCCGGAGAUGGAGUAUCAAAACAAUGGGCUUGUCCUAGACCGAAUAUGAACGUAACACGCAAGACAUCAAUGACGGGCCUUCUUACGACUGUAGAUAAAAUAGCUCCUCAACACACACCAGAUAAUAUUAAUGUUCAUGGACAUAGAAGUAAUGCAUAUUUUAAUAGGGUUCCUGUAGAGGCUAAAGACGUAAUACUCCAAAAGAUAAGACAACAUAUAAUGGAUAAACGUGGCAAUGACAACAACGCUGAUCCAAAUAUCAACAUAGAUGAGCCAGAAGCAAAAUAUUCAUAUAAAAACGAUUUCCACAGGGCUGAAGUAACUCAUCAAUAUUCUCCUGUCAAUAAUCCUAGCAAUGACACAUUGGAUCUUAGAAAAUUCAGGUCGCCAUCACAGUAUGCCGAAACAGAAUCGCCAAAAAAAUCCGUCGUAUACCAUGCCGGUAAUCAAUUAGAUACGACUCCUUUAGCUGAGAGCAAAGUUGAGGUGGCCAAUCUUCCGGAACAAUGCGAAUUGCCGAUGGAUUACAGUAACUUGCCGCCAAAAAAGAAAAGGAAAUUAAUCGAGUACCAGGAGUAUAAAAAGCAAGAGGAGGCGAGGCGGCAACUGGAGGCUUUUUAUGCGGAGAAAAAAGAACGCCACGCCAGCGGACCUAUAGUGGACGAAGACGUCAAUAAAUGGCGUCCUUGGUGAUAAUACUCUAAACUUCUGUUGCUCGCAUAUUGUGAUAUUAAUAGUCUCUUCCAUGACAAAGCUUUAAUUUGUUGUAAUUUAUUAUGUAAUUAAUUAAUUGAACGAUUGUGCCUUAAUUUUAUAUAUUAAUUUUAGCAAUCAAGUAAUUGACUGUAUUAGCAUUAAGUAUGUUUUUGACAUUUAGAUCUAUUUAUGUGCCAUUUAUUUGAUCUCGACGUCUUCCUUUAUGAAUAUUCAUCAAAGCUUGUUAUUGUCUAAGUCUUCCAAAUGCAAAAUUGUAAUAGGUAUUAUACAUAGUGAACCCUUUUAGUCAGAUACUGUAAUUAAUAAAUAUUUUUUCCAAAAUGA